AUGGGCGUUCAAGGUCUCAGCAGUCUCCUGGAGACCCGCGGGGAGGUCUACCGGGACGUCCAGCUCCGGGGGUCCCGGCUGGUGAUAGGCGGAAGCAACCUGAUUAGCCACCUGGACUACACCUCAGGUUUGGACCAGAAUUGCGGUGGCGAGUAUGCAUUGUUUGCAGACCUUAUCGAGAGGUUCAUCUCAGCGCUCUGGACCUGUGAGGUCAACCCGUAUGUGGUUCUGGGCGGAGGUCCCGACCCCACAGACAGGAACCUGGAAGCGGUGACGAUGAGAGCUGAGCAUUUAAUCCAGAAAGCCCACGUGGCAGCGGAGACCGGUGAGAGAAAGGGAAUUCUCCCGCAGAUGGCCAAGGUGGUCUUCAAACAGACUCUGACCCAACUACGGGUUCCGGUUGCCCAGUGCUUCCGGGAGGAAAACCAUGAAGUAGCUGCCCUCGCUGCUGAAUUGAACUGCCCUGUGCUUUCCAACGAUGGGGACUUCUUCAUCUUUGAGCUCCCUGCAGGGUUUCUGCCCAUCACUCACUUCCACUGGGAGGAGGUGAAGGGCGGCCUGCGGAGCUACAUUCCCUGUAAGAGCUACACAGCCUCUCGCUUCUGCAACGUCUUCCGGAUCGAGCCCCAGCUCCUGCCCACCUUCGCCGCCUUGGCCGGUAACGUGAAGCUGAAGACGGUCAGCUGGACUCAGUUUGCCCCAGUGAGAAGCAAGACCCCGGGUCACCUGGAGGGGCUGCUCUGCUGGCUGAGGGACUUCCAGAAGUCUGAGGACGCUGUGGCGGCAGCACUGGGGCUGAUGGGAGAGCUGGACACGAAGAGGAGAGGAGAGGUCCAGAAAGGACUGUCGGAGGGGAUGAAGGAGUACAAACUUCAUCAGAGUUGCUUAAAACGCUUCUUCGUCCAAAGGGUGCCACCCCCGUUCCAGGGAUCCGGUCUUGUCCCAGACUGGGCCCGUCUGGCUCUGACGCAGACCCGGCUCACCCCAGACAUCGUGGAUGUGCUGCAGCUGCAGAGGAUGUCACUGGGCAUCGCCGUGGAGCCCCGGAACCGGCCCAGCGUGUAUGUGAUCUCCAGGCCAAUCCGGCAGGUGAUGUACGGGCUGCUGUUGGGCGGAGAGACAUCGCUGCAGGUGACGGAGCGAGACCGGGACGAUUCGCAGCUGAUAUACGUACAGGUCCCACCAGCCUUCAGUGAAACCAGCAGGCGACUCAGACUCAGCUCGCUGCAUGAGGCGGAGCCCUCUGAGCGUCUGCUGGUCCUACUGGAAGCUCUGGAUAUGACCGAGGACUUUCUGAGCCUCCUUCCCACUCAGCUGAAGCUCCCGGUGGCCGUCACCUGCUUCUGGCUGCAGAUGGCUGAGCCUCCUCCAGACCUGACCCUGCUGAGGGCGCUGCUGCUGGGAAUGAGCAUGGGAACGGGAAAUCACCGCAAAGCAAAGAAGCCGGACGUGGGCGUGGUCUAUGCCUUGAACCAAUGGCAGGCGUGCCUGAAGGACAGCGUCCACCUCAACCAGCUGCUGGGCUUCCCUCUGCCAGAGCCGGAGAUUGCACGGUUGUAUCAGGGGACGACGGUCCACAUGCUGGUGGACGGGAUGAGGAGAGGAAGGAGUCCGCAGGCCAUCCUGAAGAGCGACACGACCAGCGUAGAGCAGUACCACAGGCUGCUGUCUUUGACCAGAACCAUCAGCACCGACAGAAAAACUACAGAGAAGCAGCAGCAGGAGGAAGAGGAGAGCAUGAGGACAGGAGGCAGUGCCAGCGGUACUGGCCCUGAUAGGCCCCCACGUUCCCCACAGGCCACACCGGGGGGGCCCGGUCCACCAAGCCCGGCCAGGGCUACGCCGCACCCCCAGGAGUGGGCCCCCCACCGCUGUCCUCACACCCACGACAAAGAACAUAUGAAACUGAGAAUGAGUCCACCAGCUGCCAUGCCCAUCCGAGCAGGGUGA